CGUCGACUCGCUGGUAUCCGACUUCGUAUCCGCAACCAGGCUGGGCAAAUCCUCCUCCUCCUCCAGCAUCGUCCCCUCCUCCAACGGUGUCUUGGCUGCUGGCCGCUGCAACUGAGGCCAUGCCAUCUCUUCCAGCUUGGUCGGUGGGGGACAGAGCAAGUCUCGGCCGCCCAAGACACCCUUCGCUGCCUCCGCGUACGCUAUGGGAUUGUGUGCUUCCCUCUUCGCAGGUUCAUCCAGCGACGCAACGACCUCCGGCUGGCGCGUCCACACACAGCGCAAGCCUGCGCGAGAGCAUUGCGUGCAAUCGCGGCGUCCCUUGAACGUGCACUUCCCUGUCUUCUUGUCCGCGCAGCGGUCGCACGUAGGCUUCGCAAACGUGGUGGUGGACCGGUACAUGGGCUGAGUGGGACGAGGUGGAUGAAGAGGGAUGGGCAUAUAUGCAGUCAUAUACUGCUUAUGAACACAAAGCGCAGAGUCCUGUGGACACGAGCUUGGAGGCUAACAAUAGCACGCGCUGUUGUUUUGGGAGUCAGGCGACAUGGAGUGCGGGCGGUGGCAGGUCAAUGCGUGAUGGUCAUCCAAAUCCUCUCCCGUUUCGCUGAGUGCUCUUGGCCGCUUGGGCCCUUCCUGUUAUUGUCUCCCACAACAAUCCCAAAGAGCUGGCGAUGGCAAUGGUUCCGUAGGGCAAUAUAAGAGAAGGCGCAGCAAUCACCGGCAGGACUAACAAGCUCAUCCCCGCCCACCCAUAUCCCACUCAGCGCCUCGCUGCACCAAUGCAUCCUAUUCUGAUCUCCGCAAGACGUAAGUGCGACCGCUGCAUCGCCGAGCGCGUCGCCCGGUGUUCCGCCAGCGGCCGCAACCAGUGCAAGCGCUGCGCUCGUUCCAGCGCCCCGUGCACCUUCGAGUCGCAAGCCGAGCUUGAGCGCCAUCUCAACUUCGAGGGCGUCGAGCUCCCCCCGUCUGCUCUGCGCGCAGAGGACGACGAUGUGCUAUCCUCACCGGACAGCCCAGAAGCUCCAUACAAUGACGAGCGUGACUCGGGGAAUGAUUCGCAGUCGGAGCUGGCCGGUCCAGCAGGUUUGAACUCUGCCGAGGAUACGGAUACUGGCGGCAGGGCGGAGCCAGAGACCGUGUCUUCGUCGGAAUGGCGUGGAUUGCGGCGGAGUUGCGUGGGAAGUGCAGGACCACGGCGGCUGGAAGUCGGUAUAGCGAUCAUCCAUAUCAGGUACCGGGAUGAUGUGUAGCUCGACGGCGUACUGUGAAAUGCAAAAGUGUGGCUCGUUUUUAGGUUGAUAAUCGCAGAUACUUUGAAGCUACGGGCAAACACCAAUCGAAAGAGGUUGAGUAGAACAUAGGAACCGUGUACAUUAGCGAUGAAAGUCAUAUUUUC